AACUUCAGUCCUUAUACAAGAUCUCCUUAUUUCUUGACAUUGAAAAAGCAUUACAUCGUUUUAUUAUCGUAUUCAAGACGACAAAAAGAAGCUUAUACGAUAUUCACAUGCAAUGCCCCUCGACGGCGUGAAAAAUAUCGUGCUGGUGCUAUCCGGCAAAGGAGGAGUUGGAAAGUCCUCAGUGACACUACAACUAGCACUCGCCCUCACCCUCCAAGGCAAAUCAGUCGGCAUCCUUGACAUUGAUCUUACGGGCCCCUCUAUCCCUCGUCUUGUUGGCAAAGAAGAUGCAAAAAUUACACAAUCGCCUCGAGGAUGGAUACCGGUUGAGGUAUACCCUUCCGAGAUAACUCAGGAGAAUGGGAAUGCGAACGAAGUCACCACUACACGCGGAUCGUUGCGAUGUAUGUCUGUUGGUUUCCUGCUCCGAGAUCGCGGGGAUGCAGUAAUUUGGCGAGGACCAAAGAAAACCGCUAUGGUACGCCAAUUCUUGACGGAUGUUUAUUGGGGGGACACGGAUUAUUUACUUGUUGAUACACCUCCGGGCACGAGCGACGAACACAUCGCUAUUGGCGAAAGUCUAUUAACCAUGUCAUCCACAUCGCGCACAGCAGCUACCGCAUCAGGGAUCCCUUUCCUCGCCGGUGCAGUCCUCGUAACAACCCCUCAAGCCGUCGCAAUAUCCGACGUACGCAAAGAAAUCAACUUCUGCGUAAAGACGCAAAUCCCCACUUUGGGAGUAAUAGAGAAUAUGUCAGGUUAUACAUGUCCAUGCUGUGGAGAAGUUAGUAACCUUUUUUCUCGUGGUGGAGGGGAGGUUAUGGCUGCGGAGAUGUCGAUUCCGUUUUUGGGACGGGUUCCGGUUGAUGUUAAAUUUGGCCAGCUUGUUGAGAGCCAGAAGAUUGGGGAUGAUGGUAUCGAUAGUGAUGUCGACGAUGAAGAGGCUGAUGCUGCGGAGGAUGUGCAACAGAAUCCUUUUGAGGAUGAUGAUAGGUUACUUGUGGAUAAGUACAAGGAUUGCUGGUCACAUCCCAUCUUUGAAGAGUUCACUAAGCAACUUCUGAGUAAGAUUGAAGGCGAAUUGAAUUAGAGAGAUAUGGUCUUUCGAGUGGGUUUGGUGGUAAUUUCUAUGUUAGAUGCGUUGAUAUAUGUAUUAUACCAAAAGUCAUAGAAAGUGCGCUUCAUUGAAGCUUCAAUUAUACCCU